ACAUGUGGGCGGGCAUCAGCACGCGUCUUCCCCUCCUCCUCCUUCCAUCGCAAGCAGCGCUGAAGAAGAAGAGGAGAUCUGCUCGAGUGCUCGACUCGACUCCACCCAUCCAAUAAAUUCCGAUCCCCCCUCACCCUGACCCCGCAUCUCCCCGAACCCUAACUAUGGCUUCCGACUCCGAUGACACCACCGACGCUGACUUCUUCGACAAGCUAGUCCAGGACGACGACGACCAAGAUCUCCCCCUUGACGACGCAUCUGCGGCGGACCUCGCCGACGCGGCGCCGCCUCCUGAGCCUCAGCGUAAGCCUGCUGCGCCGCCGCUUCCUUUUCAGUCUGAGCCCGCGGCGGCGCAUCCCGAGGCUGAAGCUGACCGUCACCAUGUGGCGCCGCCUCCCCAGGCUCACCCAGAUACUGCGCCCGCACCCGCGCUUCCUGAGGCCGAGGCCCCGGAGCCGCGCCCCGACGCGGAGGGCGGAUCCCCGCGGUCCGACAAGGGCGUCCGCACCGCCGUCAAGCAGGUGCAGUGGAACGACUUUGGGGGCAGCAGCGGAGCAGAUCCGUUUGGGGACCUCCUGGCGGAUGGAGCGGAGGACGCCAUCUUCGAGGGUGCUGUGGCCGGGGACCAGGGCGGGCAGACUUCCGUUACUGGUAGCAUUAGUGCUGGAGCGGCUCAUCACAGCCUUUCCGGUGGAGUGGAUUACAACGCACAAUUGGAUUCGAGCGCAAGUGCUGCAGCGUAUGGGGAUCGGAGCAACAAUGCACAAUUGGACUCCACUGAUCCCAACUACUUGCUCUCGGAGAGCCUCUACCCUGGGUGGAAGUACAAUGAGGCGACACAACAGUGGUAUCAGGUAGAUACUCUCAGUGCACAGCAGGCUGUUGCUGAUAAUACUGGUGCCAUGACAGUCCUUGGGAGCCAGAAUGUUCAGCAGCAGCAGCAGCAGUUUGGUGCUUCGUACCUGCACAACUCUUCACACGCAGCGCUCGAGACAAUUGCAGAGGAAAGCAACACCAAUGCCACAAGCUGGGGCCAUGAUGGGAGCAAUGCGGCGCCCGUAGAAUACCCGUCAAACAUGCUCUUCUAUGCAGAAUACCCAGGGUGGUACUUCGACACCAACACUCAGCAGUGGCAAACGCUCGAGUCAUACCAACAAACUGUUGCGCAGACUGCAGCAACCUCUGAUGGGUUUGCAGGGACACAUCAUAGUGUAGCCCACACAUUGGAUUCUUAUAAAAAUAGCUGUAGCCAGCAGAGCCAGUGGCAACCGGGUUCAUUCCGUAACAGCAUGCAGCCUGAUGGUUUGGGAGGUAAUAACUUGUCAGGUAGUUCCUAUGGUUCCAGUGAACAGGCCAAGAAUCAGAUUAAGCAGCAGGUCAAUGCUGAGACAUUGCAAUCGUCUACAAAUUAUCAGACUAAUAUCAACACAUUUGUGCCUUCUACUGGUCAAUACGCAGGUAGUGAGGGCAACCAGGCUAAGUAUGAGGGGUUCGAGCCUUCGGCUAGUCAUCACAGUGCUUAUGAAGGUUUGGAACCGUCUGCAAGUGAUCUAGGUACUACUAUGAGCGAUCAGAGUGGGUACAUGGGCUCCGCACCUUAUACAGAUCACCAGGGAUUCAAGCCUUUAACAAGUGACCAGGGUUGGUACAGGGGGUUUGAGCAUUCUACAGCUCAGGAGGUAGGGUACAAAGGGCAUGAACCUUCAACAGGUUACCAGACUGGUCACAAGGGUUUUGAUCACCAGGCUAGCCACAUGGCAUAUGAACCUUUGACAAGCCAUGGCUAUGACAGUUUGAAUGGCGUCACCAAUCCACAAGAAUUCAUUCCAAAAGAGAACAUGUACAAGAUAGAAACACCUGCUGACUCAGCUGCACAUAUGCAUUUGCCAAACAACUAUUGGGACAGAAACACCUCAAUGGAUUUUGCUCAGCAGCAAUUGGUUGGUCCAAAUGGUCCGUCCCAACACGUUUUUUCACCACAUGAGCAGAGGUCAUCAGCUGGACGCCCACCACAUGCUCUGGUCACCUUUGGAUUUGGGGGGAAGGUCUUAGUUCUGAAAGAAACGAGCUCAAUGACUGCAAACUUUGGCAGCGGAAAUCAGGGCAAUUCUGGUCGCACGGUGUCAAUUCUUAAUAUGCCAGAGAUUUUUGCUGAUAAAAUCUACCAUUCAAGCGUCCCUAGCAGUGCACUUAGCUUCUUCCAUGCUUUGUAUCGUCAUCCUAUUCCUGGCCCUCUUGUUGGUGGAAGUGCUGCAGCAAAGGAUGUGAAUAAAUGGCUUGAUGACACGAUUGGAGGAUAUGAAUCUUCUGUGAGGGAGUUCCAGGGAGGGGAUGUUCAGAAGUUGCUCAUUUCGUUGCUGAAAAUAUUGUGUCAACACUAUGGAAAACUUCGCUCACCCUUUGGGUCUGACCCAUCAGAGGGUAUAGAUGGCCCAGAGAUGGCAGUGACAAAGCUUUUAUCAUCUUGUAAGAGCAGUGCUAAUAUGAAAGGGUAUGGAGCCGUUGUCCAUUGCAUGAAAAAUCUCCCCUUGGAAAGCCAGAUUCAGGCUACUGCUCAGGAGGUUCAGAAUCUCCUAGUUUCUGGUAGAAGGAUAGAGGCCCUUCAGUAUGCACAGGAAGGCCAGCUUUGGGGACCUGCAUUGAUCCUUGCUUUACAACUUGGUGAUAAGUUUUAUGCGGAUACUGUGAAGAAAAUGGCUCACUGCCAUUUUGUGUCCGGAUCACCUUUGAGGACGUUGUGCCUUCUUAUCGCUGGACAACCUGCAGAUGUUUUUAAUUUUGAGAACCCUGUCGAUAGUGGUUCUUUGCAUACACCCCACCAGCCUGUAGAGGCUGCUCCUAAGGGUAUGCUGGAUGAUUGGCAAGAGAAUUUGGCUAUUAUAACUGCAAAUAGGACAAAAGGCGAUGACCUUGUAAUUACCCACCUUGGGGAUUGCCUUUGGAAAGAGAAAAAUGAGGUUGCAUCUGCCCAUGCAUGCUAUUUAGUUGCCGAACUAAAUAUUGAUUCAUACUCUGAAAGUGCAAGGAUGUGUCUCAUUGGUGCAGACCACUUGAGAUGCCCACGCACAUUUACCAGCCCCGAAGCUAUCCAGAGAACAGAGGUGUAUGAGUAUGCAAAGGUUCUUGGUAAUUCUCAGUAUAUCCUCUUGCCAUUUCAACCAUAUAAGCUGAUAUAUGCAUACAUGCUUGCGGAGGUUGGGAAGGUUUCUGAUUCACUAAGGUAUUGUCAAGCAUCUCUGAAGCUGCUGAAGGCCUCUGGCCGCACGCCUGAACUAGAAGCAUGGAAGCAAUUGUUUUCCUCCCUAGAGGAGCGGAUACGUACCCAUCAGCAGGGUGGAUAUGCAACAAAUCUUGUCCCUGGAAAGAUUGUUGGGAAGAUUUUCACAUCACUUGAUAAAUCUAUAUCCCGCAUGAUGGGUACACAAUCCGCACCAUUGCCGCAAUUACCACAGGGCACUGCAAAUGAGAGAGAGAUCUAUUCUAUUCCUGGUACAAAAGUUGUAAAUAGUCAGUCAGUGAUGUCCAUGUCACCUUUAAUGUCUUCUGCUUCAGAGCAGUCUAUGAGUGAAAUGGCAGGAAAUAGCGGCCCUGGCAGGGAAGUUGCACAUAACAGAAGUAUUUCUGAGCCAGACUUUGGCAGAACCCCACAACAGCAGGGUGCUGGUUCAAGUAAGGCACAAAGUACAUCAGGCUCUGGCAGUUCACGCUUUGGAUGGUUGAUGCAGAAGACAAUGGGGCUUGUUUCAAAAUCUCAUCGCCAGGCCAAAUUAGGGGAACAGAACAAGUUCUACUACGAUGAGAAGCUGAAGCGGUGGGUGGAAGAAGGUGCUGAGGUCCCUGCCGAGGAGCCUCCACUUCCCCCACCUCCGACAAAAGCUUCACUCCAGAACAGUAUUCCAGAUUACAAUAUGAAUGGCCCUGUUGGCGGAGGUUAUACCGCUAAUGGAUUUGUAGAAGCUAAAACCUUGAAUCCUUCUGAGCUUAGUUCUGGGAUGCCACCAAUACCACCCACCCAGAACCAAUUCUCAGCGCGUGGACGGAUGGGUGUUAGAUCAAGAUACGUUGACACUUUUAACAAGGGUGGUGGUGCAAAUCCCUCUGGAGCAGCAACAUUGUAUAGCAAACCAGCCGCUCCAUCUAUGAAUCCGCUUUCUGGUGCAAAGUUCUUUGUGCCAACUCCAGCUGUUGUUGCUUCAGAAGAGACGGCUGACUUCAAAGUGGAUGCACACAGCGAAACCUCCCAACAGGGUGAACCAUCGUCCUCACCAGCGUUGGAGGCAGCGUUCGGUUCACCACCACCACCGGUACCAAAGCUGUCAACCAUCCAACGGUACCCAAGUAUGGACAACAUCAUGACCCCUUCAGACAGCGUUAGCAGCUCAUUGUCAAGGUCAAGAGCAUCUUCAUGGAGUGGAACGUACCCAGACCAGUUCAGCAGCAGUGCUGUUUCUAGAUCACCUGAUCGACAGACCAUGCAAUCAUCACUGAUGCCUGGAAAAAGACCACCACACAGCCGUUCCAGCAGCAACUCAUCCGUUCAAUACAAUGGUUUGGGUGAGGAUCUUCACGAGGUAGAGCUCUGAUACUUGAUAGACGGUGAAAAACAAAUGAGGUCCGUCCAUGGUGUAAUCACAUAGCUUUGCCUUUUUUUACCAUUUUGUAUUUAAUAUCCGUGGCGUCUAGAAAGGAAAAAAGAAUGGUGUCCCUUUUCGUUUUUACAUGAGAAGAAUGUGGAUGCCGUUGUACUUGUACAGAUCACUCAUUCACCUGAUGCAAAAUGUAUCCAAUAAAGAGAUGUAAGGUAAGCUAGAAAGAAAGACGUAAAAAGGCUGGCAAUACUUUUUUUUUUAUGACCCUAUAGAAUUUUGAUUCAUUGUUUAAGCUGGACGCUUUGAAGAAGUCUGAUCAAUAAUGCAUUGUGGCUGUUUAAGCUCGACAACA